AUGUAUGAGAAGCAUGCUCCAGGUGAACAUCCUGGAGAGUCCAGCGGGAACGCCCCUGGGAGCGGGAACGGCCCUUUGAGCAGGAGCAGCCCUGGGAACGGGAACGGCCCAGGGAGCAGGAGCGGCUCUGGGAGCAGGAGACGGCUGCUCAUCGGGUUCCAGGCGCCCUGGAACGUGUCGUUCCCGUUCAGCGCGCUGCGUCUGGGUGCGGCGCUCCAGAUGGCGGUGGAGAAGGUGAACGCCAACCCCUCGUUCCUGGGGAACUACAGCCUGGACCUGGUGGUCAGCGACUCGGACUGCGACCCCAAGGCCUCCCUGUCGGGGUUCAUCCACCAGGUGUGGCGGCAGAACGUCACGGCGCUGUUUGGCCCCGCCUGCCCCGAGGCCGCAGAGGUCACCGGCCUCAUCGCCUCCACCUGGAACAUCCCCAUGUUCGGCUACGUGGGCCAGACGUCCAAGAUGGACGACAGCCAGAUAUACGACUCCUACAUCAAGAUCAUCCCUCCUCUGAAGCGGAGCGCCGAGGUGCUGGUGAAGACCCUGCACUUCUUCGGCUGGAAACACGUGGCCAUGAUCGGGGGGGGGCUGGAGUCCAACACCUGGGACCGCGUGGACGCCCUGUGGAAGACGGUGGAGGACCCCCUGAGGGCGGGCUUCACGCUCACCGCCUGCCUCAAGUUCGACAGCACACAGCCCCUACUGGUCCGCAGGAACGUCCAGCUGGUCUCCAGCGCCGCCAGGGUGAUCGUGGUGCUGGCCAACAGCCAGGACUCGCUCUCCAUCCUGCUGGAGGCGGGGCAGCAGGGCCUGAUGAACGGAGAGUAUGUGUUCUUCCUGCUUCAGCACUUUGAGGUCAGUGGCAGUGUGGACAACAUCUGGAGCGUGGCUCUGGGCAGCCAGAGCAGCCAGGCGGCCAUCAGGGCCUUCAGCAUGACCUUCGUCAUCGGCCAGAAGUCGUACAGCGGCCACGAGUACCACGACUUCUUUCAGCGGGUCCACCGGCGGUUGAAGGAGCCCCCGUUCCUCAGCAACCUGAGCUCGGAGAGAGAUGUCAGUCCGUACGCCGCCUACCUGCAUGACGCUGUUCUCCUCUACGCCCUGGGCCUCAAAGAGGUCCUCAGGGACGGGGAGAACCCUCACGACGGGCGACAGCUUCUCAAGAGGUUGAAGAAUAAAAACGGCAUCCGAUUCUAUGGAGCAUCUGGACUAGUCCACUUUGACGAGCAGGGAGAGAGGAACUUGGACUAUUCUAUAUACGAUCUACAGCACACUGACGACAGAUCUCUGUUUGUGCCCGUCCUCAAUUAUGACAGCAUCACCAAAGCUAUACAACCCACAGACCAGUACGACCAUGUGGUGUGGCCCGGAGGUACGACGCCCUCUGAUAACCCUGAGUGCGGCUUCAACAACGAGCUCUGUGAAUGGCUCGUCAACGAUGUUGCGCUGCUUGCUCUUCUGGUGACCUUUCCGGUGGUCGGCAUGGUGACGGUGCUGUGCGUGGGCAUGCUGCUUCUUCAGAAGCUGCGUCUGCAGACCCGUCUGGACGACAACCGCUGGUGGCUGAUCAAGUACAGCGACAUCGUGAUCAUCAAGGAGCCCAAAGGUCUUCAGGGCAUGUCUCUGAGCACCACGAUCAGUAAGGCCAGCAGCGGGUCCCACUCCGGCGUCUCCUCCAACAGCUACGGCUUGAAGGACAAGCACGGCCAGGACCAGGUGUACAGCACCAUCGGACUCUACCAGGGAAACCAAGUGUCCAUCAAAUACAUGAAGAACCAGACGCCCCCGGACAUCCACAAACCCUCCAUCAUCAACGAGGUCAACGUGAUGAAGGAGCUGAAGCACGAGAACCUGGUGCAGUUCUUCGGUGUCUGCACCGAGCCGCCCAACGUCUGCAUUGUGAUGCAGUACUGCAGGAAAGGAAGCCUCAGGGAUGUGUUGAAGGAUUCAGACGUUGAGCUGGACCCCAUGUUUAAACUCUCAUUCGCCUACGACAUCGUGAACGGGAUGGAGUUCCUUCACAAGAGCAGCCUGAAGUCCCACGGGAACCUGAAGCCCAGCACCUGCCUGGUGGACAGCCGGCUGCAGAUCAAGCUCUCGGGCUUCGGACUCUGGGAGCUCAAACACGGCAGCAAGAGGAGAACCGUAGCUCUGGACUGUCCCCGCUACGAGGAUCUCUUCUGGAUCGCCCCGGAGCUCCUGAGGCUGGACUGCCUGCCCUUCAACGGGACGCCCAAGGGCGACGUCUUCAGCUUCGCCAUCAUCAUGAGGGAACUGGUGCUGAGCACCGAGUCCGGGCCGUACCACGACCUCAGCCUACCGCCCAGAGAGAUCAUCAAGCAGCUGCGGAGCCCCCUGGCGGGGGGGCCCCUGCGCCCCUCCCUGUCCGGCCAGCCGGGGGACGAGCACCUCAACGCCCUGCUGAGGGCCUGCUGGAGCGAGAACCCCGACCAGCGCCCCCCCUUCGGCUCCAUCCGCCGCCGGCUGAAGGAGACCAGCCCUGAUAGCCAUGCGAACAUCCUGGACAACAUGGUGGAGAAGUUGGAGAAAUACGCCAACCACCUUGAGGAAGUGGUGGAAGAAAGAACCAAUCAGCUAAUAGCGGAAAAGAGCCGCGCAGACAAGCUUCUGUCCAGCAUGUUGCCACGGCUGAUCGCGGACCAGCUGAUGUCGGGGCGCUGUGUGGAGCCCCAGGGCUUCGACAUGGUGACGGUGUUCUUCUCGGACAUCGUGGGCUUCACCUCCAUGUGCUCCGUCAGCUCGGCCAUGGAGGUGGUGUCCCUGCUGAACGACCUCUACAGCCUCUUCGACGACAUCAUCAAGAUGUAUGACGUCUACAAGGUGGAGACCAUCGGUGAUGCAUACAUGGUGGCCAGCGGUCUGCCCAUCAGCAACGGGAACCUGCAUGCCGUGGAGAUCUCCACCAUGGCCCUCCACUUCCUGUCUGCCAUCAAGGUGUUCCGGAUCCGCCACAUGCCGAGUGAGCGGCUGGCGCUCCGCAUCGGGAUACAUUCAGGGCCGGUGGUGGCGGGCGUCGUCGGCUCCACCAUGCCGCGGUACUGUCUGUUUGGAGACACUGUCAACACGGCCUCGCGCAUGGAGAGCAACAGCGCAUCUUUAAAGAUCCACAUCUCUCAGACCACGGCUGAUAUCCUGAACCAGAUGGGAACCUUCGUUCUAGAGGAGAGAGGAGAGAUCGAGAUAAAGGGCAAAGGGACUCAGAAGACGUAUUGGCUGCUCAGCAAACAGGGGUUCAACCCCCACUUGGGCGGAGUCCCGACCGUGUCCGGCGGCUACAAUCCACUGGAUCAGAGCAAAAAGUGCCCGAGAGAUUCAGAGCGACAUAAGCAGAAGACAACGAACAAAACUCACACCACUGACGGGGAAAUGACUGCCGUUUUCAUUUGAAGGAACACUAGACACGAUAACGGAGUCCCUCCAUCUGAAAUCCGUACAUCAGACCGAACAGACCGGCCAGCACCACCGACACCAGGCCGACGGAGGCCUCUGCAUGGGGAACACAAGCUCACAUUACACCCAUCGCAUCAUGUUGAUAUGUUUACACAAGCGCUCUGUAAGAAGGAAUAUAAAAAUGAAUUCUAUUCAACGUCAUGAGCCAACAUUGACAUAUUGCCUGAUUGGUUCACCUGUUGUGGGGGCCUUGCUGGCGGCCCGGGGGGCUGUGGGGAAGACCGAGCGUUAGAGGACAUUCAUACUGAUGUCUCCGAGAGGAGUAAUGAAGCGUUAGAGGACACAGUGGGAGUACCUCUGAUCUGGAACUCUGUGCUAAGAACCCCCCCACUGGGUUCUGCUUCCGACCGCAGGGUUCUGGAUGAGCAGGGACUCUGGGAACAGGAGAAAGACAUCCCGUUGUACAGGAACGUCAGAACGCUCAAAUCAAGCCUGGAUGUAAGCUAUAGCAGGGUUAGGUUAGGGGUAUGGCUAUCCUAGUGUUAGUCUUUAAAUAUAAUAUUAACACUUAAUUCAGGAUUAGAGAGACUAAUCUAAACAUCGGCUGAUUUAUUUUUCCGUAGAAAGUCUUUUUUAAUCCUUCCAAGUCUAUAUGCGUGUAUACUCUAUAAGGCUAUGCAUGUCUAUAGGUCUAUAUGCAUGUAUUGUCUAUAAGUCUCUAUGCAUGUAUACUCUAUAGCUCUAUAUGCAUGUAUACUCGAUAAGGCUAUAUGUAUUUAUACUCGAUAAGGCUAUAUGUAUUUAUACUCGAUAAGGCUAUAUGUAUUUAUACUCGA